AUGGGACCUUUUCCUCUGUCCAAUAAUUGUGCCUACAUAUUGGUUGCUGUGGACUAUGUGUCAAAAUGGGUGGAAGCCAUGGCUUGCCAUUCCAAUGAUGCUAAAAUAGUUGUGAAGUUUUUACAAAAGCACAUAUUCACUAUAUUUGGUACACCUCGUGCCUUAAUUAGUGAUGAAAGCACUCACUUCAUAAACAACAUGUUAGAAGAAGUCCUUGAUAAGUAUGACAUCAAGCAUAGGGUGGCAACUGCCUACCAUCCUCAGACCAACGGAUUAGCUGAAUUGUCAAAUAGGGAGAUAAAAGGGAUUUUGGCCAAAGUAGUCAAGCCACAUAGAAAGGAUUGGGCCUCUAAGUUAGAUGAUGNCGGAUUAGCUGAAUUGUCAAAUAGGGAGAUAAAAGGGAUUUUGGCCAAAGUAGUCAAGCCACAUAGAAAGGAUUGGGCCUCUAAGUUAGAUGAUGCGUUAUGGGUCUUCCGGACUGCUUACAAAACCCCUAUUGGUAUGUCUCCCUAUAAAUUGGUCUUUGGAAAAGCUUGUCAUUUACCUGUGGAAUUAGAGCACAAAGCCUAUUGGGCCAUUAAGAAACUCAACAUGAGUUUAGAUGAGGCCGGAAGAAAAAGGACUUUGCAGCUUUGUGAACUGGAAGAACAUAGGAAUUUUUCCUAUGAAAAUACUAAGCUAUACAAAAAAAAUACCAAGAAAUGGCAUGAUAAAAAGAUUCUUCCAAAAGAGUUCAUAAAAGGCCAAAAAGUCCUGUUGUUCAAUUCAAGGUUAAAAUUAUUUUCGGAAAAGCUGAAUUCCCGAUGGACCAGACCCUUUGUUAUAGCCAAGAUAUACCCCUACGGAGUUAUUGACUUGAUAGAUCCAGAGAGGGGUACCACUUUCAAAGUGAAUGGACAAAGAAUAAAACCUUUCUUUGAUUCAAUGGUUGUUACGCAAACUAUUGAGGUUAUCUUUCUAAAAUAA